AUGGGGCCGCAGUGGCAGGUUUUGGCAUCCGCAGCAAAAGCUGUCAGCAACCUUCGAGCUCUAGUGGGUACUCAGGAACGCGUCUACAGUAAGAAGACCGUACACCUCAGGAUGCACCCAGCCCUAGCUGUUCCGGAGCUGCGUCUCCUCAUCAUCGAUGCGACGAAAAGCCACCACUGGCAACUUCGACUAGCGACGCUCUUAGCAUUGGCACUCACAUGCCGCGGAUUUCUCGAACCUGCCUUGGAUGUCAUAUGGAGUUCCCAGAGCGAUUUGGGCCACCUGGUCCAGUGCUUACCGGAGGACCUCUGGACAGUAGAAGAUGCUACAGAGGGAACCUUAAUCCUCAGAGAGCCCCCAAGACCUACAACACAACAAGAUUGGGAGCGCCUCGACUUCUACGCUCGACGUGUUCGCGAGUUAUGUUACGCUUUCGGUCCACCACCGUCGCGGUUCCGGAAAUUACGUCCCGUUGUUUCAGAGGCGCUAUUUUUCUGGCUGCAUUCGUCAAGGCCUGGUCAUCAACUCCUCCCAAAUUUGUCUAGACUCGAGUGGCCGGGCAACGCACCAUAUCAAUAUCACGGCUCUGUACACUUGCUCUUCGGCCAGCGCCUCUCCACGCUUCAAAUGGGGUGGUGGGGUACUACUGGAGGGGGCAUGUCUGGCACCAUUGCUCCGGCCUUGUCAAACCUCCCACAACGUUCUCCGGAUAUCGAAGAGUUGAGACUCAUGUAUUCGGGACGCGGUGGGCAGGUCGUACAACCUGUGCAGCCAUUCCUAUCCAAUGUCUUCCAGUCAUUGACGAAGCUGAAGUGCUACUCAGUGCGUUCGGAUCUACCCAUAUCAUUCAGCGAUCUCGCAAGCCUCGCGGCUCUCCCGCACCUUAGGGAGCUCGGAGUCGUGACAAUCCUGAGCCCAAUGGUGGUGGCCGUUCCGAGGAGAGCUGGUCAAGGUAUCCUGACGGAUCUCGUCUUCCGCUCGCUGGACGACCUCUUUCUGUCAUCUCCAUCCAUGGACAGCAUUUCUCAAGUCCUAGCAACAUGCCAGUUUCCCCAUCUCACGAAGUUAUGCAUCAUGUCUAGCCGUGCUUCGACCACGAACGCCAUGGACACAGCGCUGCGCCACAUUCACGAACGAUGCUCACAUGCAUCGCUGACCGACAUCGAAGUAUCUGUCGGCGACGAUGCUGAGCCCGAGGAACAAGGUGUGCAGGCCAUCACUGCGGGGAUCUUGCAGCGACUUGGUGAUUUCCACAGCCUUCGGAACCUUUAUUUCUCCACAGAGAUGUGCAUCGUCCUCGACGAUGAUGCCCUCAAAGGCCUAGCUAUGUCCUGGUCUCGCAUGGAGUCAUUGGAACUGAUGAGCGGGGCGUCGUAUCCCUGGAGGACCCCCACAGCGACUACACUGCAGGGUAUAGCCUACCUCGCCCGGUAUUGUCCAUCACUGUCAUCGCUCUCGAUUGAUGUGGAUACGUCGGCCACCGACGUUUCUUUCAACACGACGCCUGGUGGCGGCUACUGCAAUGGGAAUUUGCGUCGCAUCUCGUUUGGUCGGUCGCGCGCACAUGGGAAGCCCGAGAAGAUAGCGGCGUUCUUAUUGGCAAUCUUUCCCAACCUCAAGAUGGUCGAGAACAACGAGGACGAUGCAGAGGACGACGACGAGGACGAUGAGGAGCAUGAGGAGCAGGACAAGUCUUGGGGACCGGUGCGGGACGUCCUCCAGGUCUUACAGAUGACAGUUCAUUGGCAGAGGCGCGCCGGCGGUUCGGCGAAGUCGCAUGCGACACAAUUUGUGUAG